AUGAUUCGAAGUUGGAUGGGCGCCUUUUCUCAUGAAAAAGUGGUGGCUAAGCAUGCUGUACGUAUGGGUCAGUACUUUUCUUCAACUAGACCGAUCUGUCGUCUGGAAGCUGAUGAGACACAGUUUAUAGAUGAUGUGAUCUAUGAUGAGUACAUCUUCUCGGAAGGCGCGGGUCGAAUUGCGCCCUCCUUGGCAAAGCAAGUUGCAACUCAAAUGGAUCUCAAGCAUAUUCCAAGCGCGUUUCAAUUCCGUUUAGGUGGGGUCAAGGGCAUCUUAAUGAUAGAUAAGAGCCUUGAAAAUGGAAGAGUCAAGGUACAGCUUCGUCCUAGUCAACUCCAGCUCAAGUCGAAACACUUGACAUUAGAGGCCAUUCGUACGUCGACCUAUAUUCAUGGCUAUUUUAACCGUCAAGUGAUUACUUUGUUAUCUGCUUUGGGCGUUCAUCAUGAGGUAUUUUUGAAACUGAUGGAUAACAUGCUUCAUGAUAUUGACAAAAUUCCCAGAAAGUCAGAAGAAGCUGUCCGUGUGCUUCUUAGCAAUACAGAUGAAGCUGGUACAGUACCAACCAUGGUGCCUAUCAUUCAAGCGGACUUCUUGGAGAGACAAGAUCCCUACAAUGAAAAUCUGUUGAACCUAUUUCGUGUAAACAUUUUGAAGCACUUGAAGAAGAAGGCAAAAAUAUUAGUGUCUCAGGGAGCCUUCUUACUAGGCGUCAUGGAUGAAACAAGCACUUUGAAAGUAGGUGAACUUUUUGUACAAACCUGGGAUUCUUCAGGCACUGGAACAAUUAAGCAGACCAAGUUCUCAACAGCAGCCUGAUAAAUAUGUUUCAUUAGCUCAAGAAAUCAGUAAAAACAUAUAACAACAACCCAUUUCAAUUUUCUUUUCAAUGUUGGCAGCUAAUGGUGAUAAUUUCCUUGAUUCAUAGACAUUAUUUUUAAACUUCUCCAUGCUUCUUCGUUGAAAAGUGCUUGUUGCUGUGAUAUUGUCGAUAAACAAAUAAUUCUACCUCGCAAGCAUAAGAAUACAAGCAAAUGGAAUAAGC